AUUGGACCUGCGCGAUCAGGACUAAAAUAAGUUCGCUAGUGGCUGCUAGUGGCUAUACCUCGUCUAUUUGUAUCAUAAUGCAGUCACAUGGUGAGACGACACCAGCGUAGACGAUCAAUAAUAUUGCAAAUUAGAAAUGGUGAACUGCUCGUAAUAAUAUUCUUAGAAACCAUGGUUUCUGGGGAUCAGGGAAAGCUGUUACCCGAGCCUGAGAACUACGUUAAAUGCUUCUAUGAUUUAUUUAAAAAUAUUGCAGAAGCACACAGGACAAAUAAUGAUUGGAAACAAUGCAAAAAGACCAAAGCUGUUAGGAAGAAGGAUAAAAAAAAGCAUGACUUAAAUGGCGAUUUAGGUUAUACCGCAACACCGGAAAUACAAGUGUCAAGCAAUGCGUCAGCAUUCGCAGUACUCGCAAAUGUUAGAAAUGCAAUUUUGGAAAAGCACGUUCGUGAUGUCAAUGUGGCUUUUAGAGAUUCGAAUUGCGAGUCCCCUGUUCCAACGGCGGAUCUUAGCGACACCAUUCCGGACAGCGACAGCGAGGAGGAAGACCGGAUAUCCGCGGCACAAAGCUUACCAAAGAUUGUGGGAAUCGGACUUCGUAGCGUUUUUACAUUAAUGAGAGAAAGUCGUACGGUCGAACCUAUCCUAUGCACGAAAGCACUCUCCGCCUUGUUGGACGUGCUGCAAGGACAACUUCCCGAAGGUUUGAAAUUGGAGCCUGAUGAUGUGAUCGAUCCAUUAUUCGAUCUUCUCCUAGACCUCGCAACGUCUCACGGACCAGAGUCUGCAGCUGCGAACGAUGGCAGCCACUUAACCGCUGUGGCAUGCGCCUGUUUGUUAAGUCUAGUCGUCGUUAGGGGUGAUACGGGCAGACUUUUAGCAGCGAUAGCUGCCCUCUUGAUGUGUCCCAGAGCACUGGCAGCACAAAAUAUUCAGAUGCCAUGCGUCUUGACUGCACUUCAAAGAAGCGUUCACGCAGUCUUACUCGGUAAGCUCAUGCGACCCGAUUGGAUUACCUAUGGAGUUCCUAAGAGUUCCAAGAUUUAUACUUCUACGCUUAAGAUACCAGCUGCAAACGAAACGACGAACAUAAUUUUGAAUGGGACAAGUUUUGCGAGUGACGGAAAAUACCUUUACUUGCACACCAACAAUCGGGGACUGCUGAAAAUCGGUAGUGGUCAUGGCGGCACGAUUUGGGGUCAUUUAUAUGCUCACAAGGCGGACUUCUACCAGAACGAGACUGCUGGUUGGCUUGGCUAUGCAAAUGAUUCCUUGUACUUUAAAUGCGCACCGCGGAAACAAUGCGAAUUGCUAAUAUUGGAUGCGGAAACUCUAACCGUUCGCGGUAUCGCAGUUUUGGAAGGACGAGAUUGGUCGUCAUCGGUAAUGUUUUCCGACGGCGAGAAUUUGGGAAUGAUAACGGCCGCUGGUAAAGAUGAUGGUUUCGUCGUUCGUACAAUAAAUACGCUAAGCAAUCCGGUAACAGUUACGUCGGAGCUACCACUGAAACUCGCAAGAAAAUGCGUGGACGUCUUUGGAUACGCGGCAUUCGACGAGGAACAAUCUGUUCACACUCUGAACGUGGGUUGCGACGAUGAAGUUGUUACGGUUACCGCUGGAAAGGAAUUUGGUUUACUAAAGACUCUUUCGGGAAAAUUAUUUUAUACCGGAAAAGGAAGUUGCCUCGGAAUGAAGAGUAACAACAGACCUAACAGAUGGUCCGAGGUAACGCUUCUUGGUAAAGGGCCAAGAGUCGCUCACGUAGCUGCAGGACACGAUGGCCAGCAUGUCGUCAUCGUCAUGGAAGACGGAUCCGUGCUAUUGGCUGGAACUGCUCGACGGGGAGAAGAUGGUGACAGCAAUAAGGCAACCCGCCGGCAGCCCAAACCGGUAAAACCAAAGAAAAUGCUUAAAGUCGAAGGACAGUUCAUAGUGACCGCUGCUUGUAAUAACGGCUCAACCGCACUAGUAACGAAAGAAGGAUCGUUACUCAUGUUUGGGAAAGACACUUCACACAGUGACGGGGUAACUGGUCUGAUUACCGAUCUCGAGGACGUGUACGUAACGAAUGUGUCACUGGGAAAGGCACACGCGGCUGUUAUUACCAAUAGAGGUCAUUUGUAUACCUUUGGAAUUAACAACAAGGGACAGUGUGGAAGAGAUUUUAUUACGGUACCUCAUACUGGUGGCGUCAAUAAAGAAAUUUCAGUAAUAGCCAUGGAAACCGGCACCGGAGAGGACGAGCUUAUCGUAGCUGAGGACGUGGACGGUGGAGACUCUGCCGCUACCGGAGAGGAGUGGGAGGAAGCGAGAGGCAUGUGUCCGCCGGGACAGCACCAGUGGAGACAUCGUGUAUGCAUGGUAUGCACUGUGUGCCGAGAGUGUACUGGCUAUAGUAUAUCUUGCCUAAGUAGUAUUCGGCCAGACAGAAAUCCAGGCCAAGAAUGCGGUUGCGGUGAGGGCGACAGUGGAUGUGCGGAGUGUGGAUGCUGCCGUAUUUGCGCGAGGGAGAGUUGUGACAACGGGGGUGGCGAUAUGGCCGCCGUACUUGGACCUUCCGGAGGUGGAGAUAUAGGUAGAGCAGGAUCUAACCUACGAGAUUAUCUGCGUAAGCGUUUGGAAGAGCGUAAACAAAGAUUACGAAGCAAGGCAGGCCCAAGUGCCGUCAAGUACGCAAUGCGAUUGAAAGGAUCCACUAAUCAGAGAUCAGCUGGACAAAGCGUAAUUGUGCAAAAAGUAUCAUCAGGAAAGACAGCAACCGUAGGGCCUACUAAUAAUCUUUUAAUGGAGGAAGGCAUCGGUGGUGGAAGUGACGUAGAGAGAGGUAACGCUACCAGAGUAGCCAGCAUACCACCGGCCAAAGUUCCAAUUCCCAGCGACAGUCCGGUCAUUCAGGUGUCCUGUGGGUUACAUCAUACAGUUGUUCUUCUACAAAAUGGUGAGGUUUACACCUUCGGAAGUAAUGUCCAUGGCCAAUUGGGAAUAGGCAAUCUUGCAGCGCAUGGAGGUCCUGUUCAAGUAAAGCUUCCCAGCGCGGCUACUCAUGUUGCGGCCGGUAGCAAUCACACCGUCGUUCUAACGUCCAGAGGAGAAGUCUACACUUUUGGUGCAUAUCAGAAGGGUCAGCUCGGUAUGAACUGGUGGAACGGUUCGACAUCUGACGCUGCCAAUCCUCAAUCACAGGCAAGUCGUAAAUCAGAAAGAUCCCAGCCGUGGCACAGUUUCCCGAACGUCGUUCCAAAUAUUGGGCCAAGAUGGGGUAGACGAGCGACAUGGGUUGGCGCGGCUGGUGAUCAAACUUAUAUAAAGAUAGACGAAAUUAACUCGAUAAGUUUGACGAGGAGCACCGUCAUGGCCAAUAAAACUUGCAUAAUACUGAUUCCUCAUGAAAACGAGCACGCAAAUUCAUUCAAGUGUCUGGUAAUCAGUAAGCGAGAUGGUAGUUGCAACAGUUACAGUGGCAAUGAUCAGGUCGACUUUAGUCACUGUGCAACGUGCCUCGAUCCAUUGUACAAUGUCAUAUGGACGUUUAAUCCAACAAACAACGAAAUAAGUUCGUACAAUGUGAUAUCCACGGAGGCUAGAACCAUUCCAGGCCUGGAGGCUUCGAUUCUCAGUCCAGGAUUGGCUCUUCCUGUCGUCUCUUCGUGUUUCGUCACUCGCUCUCAGGCCGCGAUGCAUCUAUUAGGUUGUCUAGAUACUCUGACUCAGGCGCAGGACGAAAAACUCAACAUUGCGGAAGAAAGCGAGUGUAAUCAAUCGAUACCCGGCAAAGUUUACAGCAGAGAAGAUUUUGUGACUGUCAGCAGAUUUGAGAGCAAUGGGGGUGGUUGGGGAUAUUCCGCUCACUCCAUCGAAGCUAUCAGAUUUAUGGCCGACACAGACAUCCUCCUAGGCGGAUACGGAUUGUUCGGAGGUCGAGGAGAAUACACGGCCAAGAUAAAGCUUUUCGAUAUUGGCAUCGAUGGAGGUGAUCAAGAAAACGACGGCGAGCUUCUUGCUGAAACCGAAGAGAUUCCUUAUGAAUGUGGACCUAGACAAAAAUACUCCAUACUCUUCGACGAACCGAUAUCGUUGCAAGCGAGCAAGUGGUAUGUUGCGUGGGCGAGAAUCUGUGGACCGUCAAGUGAUUGUGGCGCCGGUGGACAAGGAAUGGUUGCCGCCGAAGAUCAGGUGCUGUUUUACUUCAAGUCUUCUAAACGAUCCAAUAAUGGUACUGACGUUAACGCGGGCCAGAUUCCCCAGUUACUUUAUCGGAUAAAAACUCCAGAGAAUCAAACUCCGAAUAGACAAAGAGAUCAAAUUGAGUCAGUCUAUAUAUUAAGAAGAGAAUUCAGCAGAACUGUCAGCAAAGAGUGCUUUCAAUCAUUAAUAUCGUUACUACAAUGGAGUUGGAAUACAUUGAAGGCAGGAUUAGCGGACACUGCAGUUCAUAUAGGUUCUUCGUCGUCGUCGUCGUCGUCGUCGUCGUCGUCAUCAUCAUCAUCAACGUCGUCGUCGUCGUCGUCGUCGCCGUCGUCGUCUCAUAUAAUGCUUGAGAUGGAACGACUCGUAUACAUAAGCAAAGCCAGCCUUCGACUCCUGAGAACAUACACCAAUGAAAUUUAUCCGAACCAAGUUGGAAAGAAACCUCCAUCGGAAUCUAUAAAGCUAGCGGAAUGUAUUGGGGAAGUACGAGCUUUGUUACGACAAAUUCUCUCAGACUCUGUGCCAAUCAGCCUGAAAAACAUGAAGGGAAAAACGCGAUUCAGCAAAAGUUCUGGAAGUCUGUGCAACAAAAUGACUAGCACAAUACUGGACGAGUGUCACAAGACGUUCGUCUCAUGCUAUCAUGCGUUCUAUCCUACGGCGUAUCUCAAGUGGACGUCUCUCUGUGAGCUUCUUUCGGAGAUCGAUAAAGAUCAAGGAACUUCGCCAAAAGAUCGUCUUCUCUCGGCUGUCCUGGCUUCCCUAUGUUACUCAAGGGUUCGGCUUCGAUGUACGUUUCCAAUUUUGAACAAUGUCAUGGACAUUAGCGACAGCGUAAAACGCCAACUGAGUCCAUCGGAUAAUGCAGGAUUACCGAUGAUGAACUCAACGGAAGGUCAUCAUUAUCCUAUUCUCGUCGAGCAGAUCAGUUACAAAUCUCAAAUGGAACGUUCAAGCAAGGAAACGUUAAAUUGGUCGUUUCGUGAAGUACUUGACAGACUCCUUGAUAUGAUAUUGGUGCCCGUGAAAAAGAAUCUCUACCGAGAAAAGAGUCAAUCACUGCCGGACCUAGUUCUCCACUGUUGUUACCUUUUGGCAAGAAUCGUUGCGGAAUUGGCCGCUCAAUCGAAUGGCAGUUUGGACGAGCUGCAGGCGGCUUGCGGCCGACUCUUGUACACAACACCAUCCAGAUUCUCGCGAACAAAUCCAACGAGAUCAUGGAAUACCGGCAACGGAUCUCCAGAUGCAAUUUGCUUUUCCGUGGAUAGGCCCGGAAUUGUUAUCGCUGGAGUUGGCAUCUAUGGCGGCGUUGGCGUUUACGAUUAUGAAUUGGAAUUACUGGACGAUCAAAACAAUAAGGGUAAUGAUCCGUCGCAUACUCAACGCUGGAGUAGCUUGGACUUUACAAGGGGCUCCUUUGGUCCUGACGACUCUGUCUGUAAUGACAUUGUCGACCUCAAAUUUGACAAGCCGGUUCCAAUUAAGGAAAAUAUCAAGUACGCCAUAAGACUACGUAAUCGAGGCGGACGUACGAGUAACGGCGACGGCGGAUUAAGCGUCGUAAAAGGACCCGACGGCACGAUCUUCACUUUCACGGCAUGCUCUCUUAGCUUCAAUGGUACCACGCAAACGAGAGGUCAGAUACCGCACAUUCUCUACUAUUCAAAUCCUCAAGACUCCGAGGGCCAGCACACAAGCAAAGCGAUGGCAGAGUUGCAAGCUAGGAAAUGUACGCUUGCAAUGACCACGACCAUCGUUCAACGAGCGAAUGAAAUUCUCUCUUUAGCCAGAGAAAGAGCCGAGGAUGUCGUAGCUAACCAAGUUCUUGGAAAUGCAACUUUCGUCACGACCCUGUUACCUUUAGUGAUGGCACAUAUCAGUCCUUUGGCCACGUCCGAUCCCAGAAGCGGCGUACAGGUUUUAACGUUGAUCCAAGAAAUGCUACCUCACGUAUCAGCUUUGAAUUUACUCUCCGCGAUGGGGACGUCCGAAAUUUCUCAAGACAAUGAAACUCAGUCUCACGUAUCUCCACCAGUGACGACCAGUCACCAUUACACGUGGUUAGAGAGCGAUCAUCCUUACAAGCCUGCCACGGUCUCUCGCUAUAAAGUUGCAUUUCCGGAAUCCGUAAAAUGGUUGACUGUCGAAUUCACCCCGGAUUGCGGCACCUCGCAGCCAGAGGACUACUUGCAAAUUUACAUUCCAAAUAUCGCGGAAAGUUCGAAUCAAGCAAUUGCGAGUUCUGACAGUUAUACCAUCACUCAUUGGCCCGUACUCCACAAGCUGAGUAACGUUCCCACGCAAUGGCCGCAAAAUGCUAUUGUUCUGCCAGGAAAUGAAGUGAUAUUCUCUUUGGAAACAGCGUCGGACUACAUGAAGGACGAGAGAUCCGUAACAUAUGGUUUCAAGUGCCUUGUAAUUGGUUAUGACUGGAUUGGUUCUGGCAACGGAUUAAAAAAUCUUGAGACUGAAUUGUCUUUUCUCGGAGGAGCAUGUGCCGCGAGCCUCACAAAGAAAAAUCUAACUCUACCACCAAUGAGUGUACAUAUUCAUGGGAUACACAGAAGUUAUAAAUUUUUAACAGUUGAGGAAGGAGAGGACGAUUUUGAAGCUGCUCAGGAUACGGCCAAAAGGAUUUUUUCUGUGCAUUCCAGUCUACUUGGAAGAGGAUUUGCCUUAGCAGCGCCUCCCACAGUUUCCCAGGCCCUCGACGGUGUCCUUCCCUUCAGUUGCCAUUCGAACGAGCGACUCUUCCUCCGUGACUUCGUGUCCUGCUCGGCCGGAACGAGCGGGGGACGUUUGGCCCGAUGGCUGCAGCCGGACAGCUUUGUGGAUCCUGCAAAAUGCGAGGCCCUCUACUCUCGGGACGAGAUCAAAUGCGGAUGGCCGGCGAUUGUCACUGUUCUAACGAGAGACCAGUACGGAGAAGUUGUACAGGUCCCCGGUUUGAAGAUCGAGGUGAAGGCCGUGCCAAUAGACAAGAAGGACAUAUCGGAGUCGGAUCAGGCCCGAAAAAUGCGCCGAAUCUCACAACCGGAUCCUAUGACAUUCGGAGGGCAUCCUCAGCCAUCCUUGGACGUUCCUUACGAAGUCACCAUCAAUAAUAAAUUGUGCUUCUACGCAAUAACAAUCAUGAAGGCUUAUCAGAAUUAUUCCUUCGAGGAACUCAGGUUCAACUCACCGGCUGUCAGAAGAUCUAGCGAGAGUAUGCUAGUAAGGCCAAACGGGGAUGGCAGCUAUAGCGCUACUUGGACCCCGGCUUCUGUUGGAUGGUACUCUAUGCUGAUCACGGUUGAUGGGUACAGCAUGGACGAUAAUUAUAAGGUUGAAGUAAAGGAACCACCGCAGGGAAUGCAGCCACCGAUACAAAAUAUCGUUAAGAAACCUCAGCAGCAGCCUAGCCGAUUACGAAAGUUCGUCGCAAAAAACAGCGCUGGAUUACGAAUCAGAGCUCAUCCUUCGCUUCAGAGCGAGCAGAUCGGAAUUGUGUCAGUCAAUGGCACCAUCGCUUUCAUCGAUGAGAUUCAUAACGACGACGGAGUGUGGUUGCGCCUUAACGCAGACACCAUAAAGGAGUACUGCAACAGCGGUCAUCUCGAAGCCUGGUGUCUCCAGUACAACCAACACUUGGGCAAAACAUUACUGUUACCGGUAGAGGAACCCAAGUCGAUAUUGGAUAAAGUAAUCAAGGAGACGAUGAUGCGCAAGCGAACGGAUGUCAACGAAGAUGCCUCCCCGUUUUCUUUCAGUAAGAGAAAAACCGUGACGUUCGAAGGUGGCCGGAGCAUGGUGGUAGUAAAGUGCGGAGCGUCGGGGCACAACAUUAGGAGUAGACCAAGCCUGAAAGCUGCGCCAGUUGGAAUGCUUGCUCUUGGCAAUACCGUGACCAUCCAAGAAUACUUCGUAAACAAUGAAGGAACCUGGGUGCGCAUCGACGAGGACUUCGCGAGCAAAUAUUGCUUCGACACGGAGGGCGAGGCCUGGUCGCUGGCCAUCAACAGACACGGAGUGGCUUACAUGAAGCUAGAAUCAGGACUCGAAAACCAUCUGGUCGAGAAAAAACCUGUGGUACCGGAACUCUCGACCGUUUCCCCGGGUCACAAGGGCUUCGACUUUUCUGCCCCUUCUGGAAGUCAUCAUGAUGGUUUCAAUUUCACUGCACAGAACUUUAGUCCGACCACAGCUAUGUCUGCGGAGGGUGCCAAUACGAACCCCUUUAUAUUCGGAUCCUACAGUCAGCACGAUUCACCAGGUAGCGACAAAUUUACGCUAGAGAAAAACGAUGUCUCGCCUAAGUUUACAAAAGCACAUCCUAAGGAAAAAGCUACGACAAAGGAGCGAGAGCGCGAAGGUGGUGGAAAAUUUAGCGCACUUCAGAAGUGGCUACGUGGUGACGAUAAGCCUCAUGGAGAAAAGAAAAGCUCUCCGGGGCGAGAUUUUUCCGAAUUCGUCGGCGUGUCCGUUAAGGAAUUGGUUAAGGCGAUCGGAGAGAGUCGCGCCAACGGAAAUGGGACCACGCCACCGGAAACGCCAAGAAGAAUGUCCAGAAGUUCCUCUCCGAAAAACACCCAAGGUGGGUCUCCACGAAUUCACAGCCGGUCCUCUAGUCCGGUCCCCAUACCUGUUUCGGGCGGGAUGGUCGACAGCAUGACUUCUCACCGUCGCGGGUCUACCCAGAGCGACACCAGCGCUUUGGUAAGCAGCCUCACGAGAGACCCGUCUCAGUCUCCGAGUGGGAUCAGUACGACAGCUAAUACGCGGGAUCUUUCACCGAGUCCCAGUUGCAGUUCGCUGCACAUGCGCUCCGAGGGCAGCAUAGCCAGUCCACCGGCUACGCCGAAGAAGGAUCGCGUGAAUUCAGAGGACAGCCCACGGAAGGUGUCUCAGGCGCAAACUCAAACCAGUCCAGAAAGUGUCGCCACUGCGAUGAAAGGACACUUUAGCAUCGGUUCGUCCGGACUGAGGGAGGAACGUCACUCGCCCAAAUUAACACGCAGAGACCACGGGAAGGGAGUGAAAACGCGUUCAAAACGGGCGAUGUCUCCGGCAAAUAGCCAUCAGUCACCGAAUACGAGUAGAGCCCUUAAUCUCAGUAAAGAGAAGGUCAAAGAAGCGAUAAGCCCUUCGGUUGCCGAGUGUCUCAGAGCUGUUUUCGCCGCGUUCCUUUGGCAUGAAGGAAUCGUUCAUGACGCGAUGGCCUGCGCGAGCUUCCUCAAAUUCCACCCGAGCCUCCCGAAGCAAGGUGCUCUCGUCGUGACAAGGCAAGCCCUCGUUCAGAGCGCUGAGAAGCACAAAGAGGAAUUGACAAAGGAGCAGAAGGCCCGUCAGAGACACUCGGUUGAGGUGAGUAACGCCGGGAACUACCUCCACAUUCAGCCGAGCACACUGGAGACUCUGACGCGAUCCGCAGCGAAUGCCAAUGCAAAUCGUAGCAGAAAGAAGCAAGAGAUUCCAAUAAAGGAGGAAGUCCAACCAACUAGCGGCAAACUGACGUCUCUUCCGGAAUUCCACACCGUCGCCAUUCUGCCGCCAGCUCUGAAGAGUCUGGUCUUCCUCUGGGAAGAAUUGAGCACGAGUUGCUUGCAAGCCGUGGAACAACAAACGGUACUGCCAAGUCCAAUUUCCCAGUUGCAAACGAUGAAGCUGAUGAAACGAAGUGCAGCUGUGAAUGCUGGAGUAAGUGCAGGUGGGUCCGAAAAAUGUCCGAGAGAGGAAAAGCUGAAGGACCGCGAGAGAAAAACAAGUAGUAGGAAGAAAAAGGAAUGGAAGCCUGCGGGACGAGGAACGGUCGAAGCUUUAGGAGGUAUAGAGCUGGAAACUACUUGCGAAUUGUGCGGUCUCAUGUUUCCCCAUCCAGUGACCUAUCAUAUGAAAAUGAUGCACCCUGGCUGCGGUUGGCAUGCUGGUGGUAAAGGUUACAACAGCGGCGGCAAUUACUGCGUCGGCUGGGCAGGUAAUUGCGGAGACGGCGGUGUCGGCGGAAGUUCCUGGUACCUGAUUUGCGACACGUGCCGUAACAAGUAUCUCAAAACAAGAAAGAAUAAGUUGGGCAAGAAGCUCCUGAGCGGUGGUAUCUCUAGGCGUAAGGGCGCGACUAACAAGACCUUAUCACCGAUAAAUAGUCCUUGUGGUAACGAGACCCAUAUAAUCAUGAAGAAUAAUGCAAUGUUCCUACUGGAUCUGGCAAGUGCAUCCGGCGUAAAUAUUCCAAAGCAACAGAGAAGACCUUCUCAGACGUUGACAUCGGUAGCAGAGAAUUAUAGCCCGCCGGAAACAGCUGGACCGUUUCCUCCGCCAGGACCGUUUCAGUGUCUUCGAGCUCUCGGGAUUCACAACUCGCAAAGUCACGAUGAGAGAUACUACGAGGAAAAUCUGAGACGUCAGAAUGCCCAGCAGAAUCUGUACGAAGGAAAUUGUACUUUCGGAACCCCAAACGGAAGGCCACUUUCCGAAUGUCCUAUGAGCGACAGCGAUAGCGAGAGCGGAAAAGGGCGAGGAAUCUUCCACAGAUCAGUAUCGAUGUCGACAGGAGCGCCAUGGGCACGGAACAGUAACGACGGCAGGGUCGUCAUGAUGCGGAAGAGGAACAACAGUAGCAGCGAAAUGAGCAACGAGACUGGUUCCUCUCUUCUCUGCUAUCCGUCCGCCGCGCUGCAGAAGCUUGUUCCCUCGAUGGACCAAUCGGCGAUAGUCUCAAAGAGUCAGGCUGAAAUUGCGAACAACGACAGAAUAGAGAUUUUGAUGAGGCCAGUGAUGCUGUUCGUGCUUCAGCAGCACAAUCUUCAGCAUCUUCAAUUGGCGAUGAAGCAGGCCCUCAGGAGGGCCGCCUGUCGUGUUUACGCCAUGCAGGCACUCAAUUGGCUACUUAGGAGUGUCACCCAAUCGAUUUGCCUUCAUGAUUUAUUGUGGUGGUUCGUAGCUUCGUUGACGCCAGCCUUUCCCGACACGCCCGAUGUCAACGAGGAGGACAACAGAAUUGAGCGCAAGGAGGAUCACGAGACGAUCGGCGUCUGCGAACACCCGCUGAGUGACCUGGUGAUCGCAGGGGAGGCAGCCAAUCCUCUGCCAACAGCCUUUCACACUCUCUUACAAACAAUCGCCGACCUGAUGCUCUUACUACCGGCAGGAUCACCGCUGCAGCAAGAGGCGGUGCGCUGUUGGGGCAUAAGGUUCACACCGGCCGAUCAUAUGUUCCUGCACAGAAGCCACGUAUUCAGCAACAUCAGUAAAAUCCUGUCCCGUUCCGAAGAGGAAGAGGACAUCACUGUAAGCAUGCACGAAAGUCAUCAGUCGACGCUCUCCCAGCAGAUGAGUGGUUGCUGCGUCGAGAUCCUAAAGGACCUGACAACAGGCGUCGAGAUCAAGGCCUCCAGCAGACAAGCCAUGAUUGGCAGCCUUACCGAUAAUUCUACGGAAACAUUCUGGGAAUCCGGGGACGAGGACAGAAAUAAGACGAAGAUAAUAACAAUCGUAUGCGGCGCUCACUCCUUUCCCCGAAUGAUCUACAUUCAUAUCGACAACUGUCGGGAUUUGACCCACAAAGUCUCAAGCGUGUCAUUCCACUCGGGCGUCAAUGCCGACGAGAUGAUAAAACUGAGGAGCGUUGAGAUUGAAAGCCGAUCGGCUGGCUGGAUUAACUGUCCAAUCACGGAUUCGCGUCACGUGAUCCUGGCUCUUGAACUUAAAGGUCCGGAUAAUUCGCUUCGCGUUCGACAGAUACGUGUCUUGGGGGAGAUCGAGGGUGAAUCCCUGAGGCUGAGCAAACAAAACAGUUCCCUCAUGAUUCAGCAGAAGAAUUGCGAAGCCGAGACCCUGAAAGUCUUUCGGCUGAUCACGUCUCAAGUCUUCGGAAAGCUUAUACAAGGCGAACAGCAACAGACUAUGGAAGUCGCGGAGAUCAGCAACGAGGAUCUUGACGACAGUAACGACCUACGCGAGCACAUGGUUGGCAUUCUCUUUAGCAGAAGUAAAUUAACUCAUUUGCAAAAACAAGUGUGCGCGCACAUCGUCCAGGCCAUCCGGAAGGAAGCGAUCCGUCUCAGAGAAGAGUGGGAGACGUUGCUCUGCUCCCCUACCCCUGUCAAUAGUCUCCUCAGCGACGGCAGCGAUUUGCCAAAGGCCGCCGACACCUAUUGCUUCGAGAUGCUCUCGAUGGUGCUGGCUCUGAGCGGUAGCUCCGUCGGCAGGAACUACCUCUCCCAUCAGUACGGACUGCUGAAAGACCUGCUCAGUUUGUUGCACACAGGAUCGGCGAGAGUCCAGCGCCAAGUGACGUCGCUGCUUAGGAGAAUACUGCCGGAAAUAAAACCCGAGACAUUAGCCAGUGUCGUUAGCGUCGAUCGGCUUCCACCUUCGGAUUUCAGCAUAGUCUCCGUCGCUAACAACGGCUAUACUCAGAGCCCUGAAUUUAACGAGCACUCCUCCGGAAUACUCGAUGUUUUCCUGAGCUGUAUCGCUAAGACCUUAACUGUCCAGGUGAAGGUUAAAGGAAAGGAGAGCAACGGGAAGGCGCUGCAAACUGUUUCCCUUGCGACGAGUAUACAUCCGAAGAGUUUUGUUGGGACGAGGUGGUGGUUACGAGGUUGCAUGACGCGGAAACUAGCUGAAGUUAUAAUUCAACUACUGAAGGACAUGGCUGCGGGUAAGUUGUCCGAAGCAUGGGCAGCUGUGACCAAAGCCGCAAUAGCAGAGAACAUCCUAAACUUGACCAGGCUGGAAGAGAAAAGUCGAGAUCCUGGCGAGUGUCUUCACACUCCUACGCUUUGGCUGGCUCUCUCGUCUCUCUGCGUUUUAGAUUCAGAACACGUCGAGAGACUUUCGUCGGGUCAGUGGAGUGCCGCUGACGGACAACCACCUCCUCCUAGGCCGACCUGCUGUAAUCACGAUGACGGCGAAACCACUGCGAUCAUCCAAUGUAACGUCUGCGGAAAUCUUUGCGCGGACUGCGACAGAGUGCUGCAUCUUCAUAGGAGAACGAGAAUGCACGUGAGACAAGUAUGCAAAGAGGAGGAGGAAGCAAUUCGCGUGGAUCUUCACGAAGGCUGUGGCAGAACGAAACUGUUCUGGAUCCUGGCUCUAGCAGACAGUCGAACUUUAAAGGCCCUCGUAGAAUUUCGUGAUGGCUCACCACGUAAACCGGCUGGGGCUACUUCUGGCGUCUGCCGUUUUUGCGGCACGACUGGCAACACCGGAUUGUUGGCGAUAGGGAACAUAUGCGCCGAUCAUGAUUGUCAAGAACACGCGAAAAACGCCUGUAACAAGGUCCACCCCUGUGGACACAUAUGCGGCGGAGUCGUCAACGAGCGUCCCUGUCUGCCCUGCCUUCACAGGUGUUUGCCUGGAAGCGAAUUGAAGCAAGACGCCGAUGACAUGUGUAUGAUUUGUUUUACGGAAGCGCUCUCAUGCGCUCCGGCAAUUCAGCUUCAGUGUGGACAUGUUUUUCAUCUUCAUUGCUGCAGGAACGUCCUUCUCAAAAGAUGGGUAGGACCGCGAAUAACCUUCGGAUUCUCUCUAUGUCCAAUUUGUAAACUGUCCAUGGACCAUCCAGCAUUAACAGAACAGCUGGCCAGUGUGAAGGACCUUUACGAAGACGUUCGACGGAAGGCCCUCAUGAGACUGGAAUACGAAGGCCUACAUAAAGCCGAAGCCGUGACUGCUCCCGGCGGUCGAUAUCAUCAGGAUCCAGCCACGUACGCCAUGGAUCGGUACGCCUACUACGUGUGUUACAAGUGUCAGAAGGCCUAUUACGGCGGCGAGGCAAGAUGCGACGCUCAACUAGGAGGCGAAUCUUUCGAUCCCACGGAAUUGGUCUGCGGUGGCUGCAGUGACGUGGCAAGGGCUCAGAUGUGCCCGAAACACGGAGCGGACUUUCUCGAGUACAAGUGUCGAUAUUGUUGCUCGGUGGCAGUCUUUUUCUGUUUUGGUACCACGCAUUUCUGCACUCCCUGUCACGAUGACUUUCAGCGUGUCACUAACAUACCAAAGAGCGAGUUACCUUCCUGUCCUGCAGGACCGAAGGGGAAGCAGCUUGAUGGCGAUGAGUGUCCUUUGCACGUGAAACACCCACAGACAGGCGAGGAAUUCGCACUUGGUUGCGGAAUUUGCCGUAACGCGCACACCUUCUAAUCUUCCACUUGUCAACUUUUGUGGAAAUUAUGCUCGAAGAACACGUAUACAAUAUAGUGAAAGUGUUGAAAAAACGGAGCAAACUUUAAAAUAGUUCCUUAGCGUGCUGACAUGUAUCGAUCUGCAUUUAUUCUAUUCGACUCUACUGCAUUCCAAAUGUCACGCUUUAGUUGUAGUAGUCGAAUGAAAAGAUCCAGACUUUUAUAAGACGAAGUGCUAAACCAUUCUAUGCCGUCAAAUCACACAACUCUGAAAAUAUUGAGGUUAAGCGUCGUAUAGAUUGCGCGAUGUAAUUCACCGGGAGGCAACGAACGCUAUCUCGUAUCACCAAACUGAUAGUGUGCCAAGCUCACUUCAAUAUAGUUGAAGAUCGGAAUCAUCACUAUGAACAAUCUCUAAUUUGCUUGGGUGUCAGGUCCAGAUUUAUCAAGUGUCAUCUUAUGUGAAAAAUCGUAAUGUAUUAAACGACCGUGCAAAUGCCGAAACUGUUAAAUAUCACACCAGACAUUUAUUAACAAUAUCAUUGAUCGGCACAAGAGAGGUAAAUUUAGAAAGCUGAAAAAUAGGACCGAAAGGCAUCAAAGGAAUUGAAUCUCGAGCAUCGACUGAUGAAAAAAAAGCAUCUGAAUAAUUCGCGAUAUCUUAAAGUUUAUGCAUCACUUGGUCUAAUCUUGAGAUAAUAUAUGCGUGGGAAGGAGGGAAAAGUAUUAUACAUAUUUCCAGGAAACUAUGAUGAAAUUUUACAUCGUGUCUUAGAAUCCUUAUUGAAAUUAAAUGAAUUUAAUCAAGUGCACUGCUUCAAGGAAUAAUAGAUUAUUUAUUAUUCAUACGACCAUAUUCUUUGCAUACCUAUUACAUACACAUAUAUUUAAUAAACGUGAGGAUGAAGCGAGUGGGUAAUUGAAAUAUUGCAGUGGUCGUAUAAAAAAAUGAAAAACAAAAUUAAACCAAGAGUAAUAAUAAAAUCAAAAUUGUUAAUAAAAUAAUUAUGCUCAUUGUCGAUAAGAUGAAUUGUAUUUAUGCAUUUCCUAUGUCAGCAUUUCAUUCGUUUUAUACUUUUCCAGAGAACUGGUGCGCCUCAUCGUGCAUCGUUCAUUAUUUAUUCUAGUUAUAGCGUAACGAUAUGAUUUCGUGUGAAACGAAUGCGUUUGCCAGAAUGCAAACGAAACGUUGCGGAUGUAAUUAUGUCGGUCCAUAUCUCUUUGUUACGAUCUGUGUUCCAAUUUUGUGGAUAUUAAACGAGAGCAAAGAUUAAUAAUUGUA